AUGGAAGAAGAUGACCCGGGCCUCCCCAGGCUCGGCGACGCGGCGACGGGAGCGCUCGUCCAGCUUCUUCUUGUCAGCGUCGUGCUCGCCUUCUUCUUGUCCAUGACCAGCGGGAACCCGCUCCUCAACUUACCUCUUGCCUUGCUGGUGGUAUGGGCAGUAAGGUUCCUCGCUCAGGUUCGCGUCACUGUUCGCUGGGACGCCAGCACGCGUCGACUUAAUCUCAUCUUGACGCGUCAGAGGAAGGAGGGGAGUGCGGGGGCUCUGCUGAGCAGAGGGAAAAGAUCUUUUCGCAGCGACACCUCCCCUGCCGAUUGGUCUAGGGCACCUUCAGCGAGCGAGAAGGGGAGUCAAAACGAUAAUGAUGGACCGAGGAUGUCGAAGACGAUUCCAUCUCGUCGACCUUCGCAAAGAGAAACGGAGCUCAUGGAGCUGCUCAGGCGGGUAGAAAAGGGCGACGACGGAAACGCUUUCCCAGAGGAUUCACCCCUGCUGGGGGCAUGGGGAAGGUUGCGAGACCAUGUCUUGGAGGAAUUCGUGACGACUUUGUGGUACAGACCAAUCACCGAGGAUAGUGACUUCGUGACGAGUCUAUCGAGACUAUUGGACGCAUCUUUCGCGGAGCUGGCCCAUCGUGCCAGAGGCGUUGACCUUGCAAGGUUGCUCCUGCGGAGGGUCCCGGACAUCCUGGCGAGUCAGCUGGAGGCUUUCCGAGACGCAAGAGAGGCUUGUGGAGGCGUUGACGCUUACGUGCGUCUCACGCCAGCGGAUGCAGACAAGGCUUUGGCUUCUGAGCUCCGCAAGCGCGGUCAGCUACACACCGGAGUUGACUGGUGUGGAAUCAAUGACUCGGCAGAGCUGAUUGGAACACCGCAAGACCCCGUGUCGCGAGUACUAUCUCGGUACUGUGACGUGGUGGCAGCAGCCCUCCUCCCCCCGGACCAUGCGUCUAAUCCAAUCCUUUUAGCACUGAUGAGAGAGCUUCUUGCGUGUAGCGUGCUACGACCACUGUUGGGGUUUGCAAAUCCAUCUUGGGUCCAUCGCGGGCUGGCAUGCCUUGUUGCUCCAGAAGAUGAUGUCGCAUCUCCACCCUCGGACGCGAUGGACGUCACAUCGGCCAGUAUCACAGAGAAAAUGCAUCCACAUCGUCGAUCCGUAUCACUGGACAUGACGAAGAGCUCUGCAUCCACGUUUAACUCAUUGCACCCCUUGGGCUCUGCCUCGUCAGAAGAGGAGGGGAUCGAGGACGAUGAUGACUACGAGUUGGCAAGGAUGAUUGCAGACGAGGACGACACUGAAGACGAAAAUAUUAUCCGGGAUCAUGAUCAUGCGACCAUGUCCGCCAGCGUGGGGGGAGCUGACGUGUCCGAGAGGUUUUCCAAGCUCACAGCGAGUGUCACAGAGGUCAACAUUGUCGGGAAAGGUACUGCAGCCUACGCUGUGUACACAAUUUGCGUGAAGAGCUGCGUUUCAAACGGAACAGACAGUGUUGAAGAGCUCAGUGUUCCUCCUGGAGAAAUGGAACACGAAUGGGUGGUGGCCCGAAGAUUUAGAAAUUUUGAAGCGCUGCACCGACGCCUUGUCGAUGCUGGAUGGAGCUCAAAGUCACUUCCUGAGCUCCCAAAGAAACGAUAUCUCCUGCAAUCGCUGGAGGGAUCUUUCGUUGAGGCGAGACGAAGACUGUUGGACAACUAUCUCGGUGCCCUGUUAGGGGAUGAUCGAUUUUGUGACUGCCGCGAUAUCAGCGAUUUUCUUGACGCCAGAAAAGGAGCUUACGAUCCCACAAAGAAGAGUGCUUGGAAGGUUGGCUCCAUGGGGGCGAGCUGGGGAGGGGAUAAUCGAAGCCGCACUCUCAUUCGUCGAAACAGUGUUGAUGAAACUUCAUGCUCAUCUUCGACACCAGAAGGUACCGAAGGUGUCACGGAGACAGUGUCAGUAUUGGCGCGAUCUUUCACUCAGACUAUGAACAAAUCGGCGGAAGAUGCCACGUCUACUGUGUCGCGUGCACUUGGAAGGGAAACCGGUGAUGAGCUGAAACCUCGAAUGGCAGGCCGACGUAAAGCGAACCCCCUGUAUCCUCUUGGAACCAGUACACGGCCCGCUCACCAUAGGGUCGCAUCUGCCGGCGCGAUCCGCGGCGCGAUGCCAGGGGACCGUGCAAGCGCUGCAUCAGGUCCACGCACCACAGACGAGGUAACUGAUGCUACCCAUGGCUACGAUGAGUCAAAUAAUCCUGACGGCAGCCUAUCGUCCACACAGGCUCUUAUGAACGGUCCACUACUGAGUCUUUUUGAGGCAAUAUUUCAUCUCCAGGCGAAGGGAUUUCUGCGCCGCACGAUCGUCACCGUGGCGCGCCAGACGCUCGAAUUUUUUGUGGGAUCUGCUGUGGAGGACUUCGUUUCCUCUCGAAUGCGAACACUUCGUUCUCCAUCGACAGUGACGAAAGCCAUCGACUUCAUCGACCGAGUCCUAUGGCCCGAUGGCUCCUGGUAUCAGCGCUCGGCACAAGUCGAUAAGGACUGCCCCCUGAAUGAGGAAGGAGCGGACCUCGCUGCGGCAGUGGCUGCGGCAGAGAGGGAGAGGGACGAGUCUGUGCGUCUGAGGGUUCGCGACGCCAUCCUCGCCUCUGGAUCUCGGGGCCCCCUGCCCGGGCUGCUGGGGACGCGCAACUACACGCGGGCAGCUCUGGAUGUGCUCGCCGCAGCGCGCUCUGACCUCAUGAUGCGACAAGUUGGUCUGCUGGUCAUGGAAGCAGCUCUUGAGGCUCUUUUUCCAGAGCUCGUCGCAGUUGAGGAGCACGCUGGCGAUGCGGACCCUGCAGCGUGA